GGUUAAUAAUAUUUAUCAGACAGCCCUAAUCAUGAAGGAACGUAAAUAAAACACAUCUACUGCUCGACAAAAUCCUGCAUAAAUACUACUACCAACUAAUAGUUUUUUCUUCUGAUGAAAACACAAGAUAAUAAGAAAUAUAUUAUUUUCUUAAAUAAACUCUAUAAUCAAAUACUGUUUUUCUAUUUUUAAACUACUCCUGCAGAUUUAUAGUAUUAUGUAAUGGGCUGUAUUUUUCAACUUUGAUUUUCAUAAGAAUUUCUUUAAGUUUUACAAAAAUCAAAGUUUAUAUUUAUUAGUUUUUAUAAAUAAAUUAAAGUGUUACUUAAAGCAAUACAUUCUAAGUUUAGAGUUUUCAUUCAAAGACACUAAAAAUGCGUAUAAAUAAAAAUUUAAAUAUGUUUCUAAAUUCUUCUUGGUUAAAGCCAUAUUAUUUUAAUAAACAUUUAACAACGUGGUCUUCAGUUGCUUCAGCAUUUAAUACCCGGCCAAACAGAGUGAAAUCCUUGAAAUCACAAUUUCUAGGAGAAAACACUGGACUCUUUAAACACAGUGAACUUCAAGAACCCAAUGGAUUUUAUCUUCUUAAAGAUAAUGCUAUUUCCAAAUCUGAAGUAAUGAUCCAGGAAAUACUCGGUACAACGCGCAAAAGGAAAAUGGUUACAGUAUUUGAUGAGUUAUCGGAUACUUUAUGUAAAGUGGCUGAUCUUGCCGAAUUCGUACGCAUUGGGCAUCCCCAAGAAAGAUUUGCAUAUGCCGCCAAAGAAACUUCGAUUUCAAUUAGUAAUUUAGUAGAAGAACUAAACACCAACAGAGACCUUUAUCUGAAGUUAAAACAAGUUGUUGAAAAAGGAGAUGUUUGUGCUACUGAUGAUACUGAUAAUUACAUAGCUAAUCUUUUCUUAUUUGAUUUUGAGCAAAGUGGAAUACAUCUAGAUAAGAAAACCAGGGAGAAGAUAGUCCAGUUUAAUGAUUAUAUCUUGCAUGUUGGGUCACAUUUUAUGAGUCGAACUCUGAAUCCUCGAACUGUUCUUAAAUCUCAGUUGCCUGAGUCCAUCCGUCAUAGUUUCUCUGGUGAUGGUGAUACUGUUGUUGUGGGUGAUCUUUUCUCAGAUUCCAAAAAUGAAUUUCUUAGAGAAGCUGCAUAUAAAAUUUUUCUUUAUCCUGAGAAGCAACAAGAAGAACUGCUUGAAGAAUUGUUAAAAGCUAGACAAAAGCUAGCCGUAUUGUGUGGUUUUCCAACAUACGCCCACCGUGCUGUCCGAGGGAGUAUUGCUGGUACUCCAGAGUUUGUUCAUGAGUUUCUAAAACUUACAAAUGAAAAGAUAAAAACUAAUGCCAAUGAAGAUUACAAUCAUCUCUUGAAAUUGAAGCAGGAAUGUAGUCAGAAAUCACAGGCUUUAAUGCCUUGGGAUGUACCUUAUCUCAUAGCCCAAUCAAAAUACAACGAGUUUGACAUGAAUAUUUCUGACUAUUCACCUUAUUUUUCCCUAGGAGCAUGUAUGGAUGGUUUAAAUUACAUAUUUAAUGCGUUAUAUAACGUUACAUUGCAAGUUGAAGACGUCAAAGAUGGUGAAAUUUGGCAUGAUGAUGUAAGAAAACUUAGUGUUGUUGAAGGAAAUGAAAUACUUGGAUAUAUUUACUGUGAUUUUUUUGAGAGACCUAAGAAACCUAACCAAGAUUGUCAUUUUACUAUUCAAGGGGGUCGCUUGUGCUCUGAUGAUACCUAUCAGAAGCCGAUUGUAGUAUUAAUGUUAAAUUUACCUAAUCCCUCACUCUUCCAGCCAUCUUUAUUAUCUCAUUGUAUGGUUGACAAUCUGUUUCAUGAGAUGGGACAUGCCAUGCACUCUAUGUUGGCUAGAACUACUUAUCAGCAUGUUACUGGAACUAGAUGUUCCACUGAUUUAGCAGAAGUCCCUUCUGUAUUAAUGGAAUAUUUUGCAUCAGAUCCUCGAGUUGUAUCUAAAUUUGCAAGGCAUUAUAAAACUGGAGAAACCAUCCCUCUUAACCUAGUUAACAAACUUCAAAGCUGUAAAAAAAUGUUUUCUGCGUGUGAGAUGCAACUGCAAGUUUUUUAUGCUGCCUUUGAUCAAGCUUGUCACAGCGACAAUUUUGCAGUUUUCGGUUCAACUACUGAAUUGCUUGCCCAUAUCCAGAGUAUUUUUUAUGGACUUCCCCAUGUUCCAAACACAGCCUGGCAUCUGCGAUUUGGCCAUCUGGUUGGUUAUGGUGCCAAGUAUUAUUCCUAUCUUAUGUCUCGUGCUGUGGCAUCUUGGACUUGGUAUCAGUAUUUUAAGGACAAUCCAUUUAAUGGAGAAGAAGGUAAACGAUAUCGAAGUGAACUGUUGGCACAUGGGGGCUCUAAGCCACCACGCCAAUUGGUGGAACAAUUUCUCGGAGCUAAAGUUACUCCUGAAACGCUGUCUGAUGCAUUAUUAAAAGAUAUAAACACAAAAUGUAAUUAAAAAUUAUUGUUGCAUGUUUUGUUUCCCAACUGAGUUUUUAUUUGCCUUAUUUAGAGAGAAAAAAUUAUAUACUUAUAUUGUUUGAUGCUGAUUUGAAUUUAUUGAAAUUUAAUUAUUUUUUUGUGGUAUUAAUUAUCAUUAUAAUUAUUAUUACUAUAGUUAACAAUAUGUAGUACUUAUUUAUAUACAUAAUAUUCUUACAACUAUUUUUUACUCUCCUUCAUAAAUAUAAUUUAAAAAUUGUUGACAAAUUAAGCAGUCACAUGACUUUUGUUCAAAACUAGAAAAUAAUGUAUAACAUAAACAUAGAUAAAAACAGGAAAUUAAUGUUUGAAAGAGCUUUUAAAGAAAUCAGUUAAGUUUAACAAUCUAUACACAUACUUGCAUAUGGGAGUCCUCAUAACAAGGUUAUGGAAAUUUAGUAAUUCAACUUAUUGUGUUAAGUUUUUUCUAGAAAAAUACUGUAGACAUAUAUCUCCUGAUUUACAUGAAUCUCCUGAUUUAAAUGUUAAAAUUAAAUAAUCCAUAUCAAUUUAUCUCUAUUCAAAAUUUUCUCAAACUCUUGACUUUUUUUUACCACUACAAUAUUGUGAACUAACAUAGCAAAAACUAUGUAUAUUUAAUUUAAUUAUCUAAGCUAAAGAUUUUAUUUUUUGUCUCAUGUUUGUUACGCAUAUAGUAAUUUAAAGAAAAAAGUAAAAAUUUUUUCCAUUGACUAUUUAUUUUCUAUAUAGUUAUAAAGGCAAUAAUUUAACAAAAUUUGUUAAUUUUAUUUAAUUUCAAGUAGUUUAUUUUAGGCUGUGACAAUUUAUGAGAAAUUAGGUUUUUAUUUAAUAGUGUGUGCUUCUAUUAAACUUUUUUUUUCUUAUAUUUGUUUUGUAUAUAGUUAUAAAUGCAAUAAUUUGACAAAAUGUUACUUUUAUUUAAUUUUAAGUAGCUAAUUUAAGCUGUGACAAUAUAUGAAAAAUUAGAUUUUCAUUUAAAUUUCUUUUAAAUAUUUAUGUGUCUUAUAGUAUUUAUUAAAAAAAGAAAUUGUAAAUAAAGUUAUUUUAACUGUGUGAUCAAUAAACUCCUUAUUGAAAUGUCA